AGGAUGCAGAAUGUACCUGUUCUUUCAUUUGUGGAAUUUCAACAACAUACACUUUACUACCUGGAACUUCGACCUUCCUGGUGUGCGGUUUCCUUGUGCUUUUGCACGUUUACAAGCCACAUUCGUGCAACGUGUUAGUGAAGUAGCAGUUCGUAAUGCUUAAUGCAAUCACUGUUAUACAGCUCGAACCUCGUUAUCAUAAGAAGAUGUUUUGAACAUUGAACCGGUUUUUCCAGUGUAAAGAAUCGUGGCUGUUUUAAUUAUUUGUCGGCCAACAGUUUCACCUUGUUGCAUAUUUCGGUCAGAAUUCACAUUUUCUAAAGCUGAAAUCUUAAGCAGCUUAUCUCUAAAAGUAUGGAGGUCAUAAUGCAGGAUAACCGAUCUCCACCUGCUAUACUUUGCAGUGAUGAUAGUGUCAUGUCCAAAGAUGUGUUAACUUUGACACAGGACUGCAAUACACUGGAAGGCUCCAACGAUAGCGCUCUAGCGAGAUCUUCUGGGACUAAUGUUGGUUCUCCUUUCUCUAAUAGAACACGGAGCUUCAGUGACGGGGAAGAGAAGUACGAGUGCUACGGAGAAGCUGAUGACCUUGAUGGUCACGUGAACGACCCGGGGAAUCACCUGAAUUUAGGGCAGGAUCCAAAACAAUAUCUUAGUUCAGACAGUUUCCGUAGUAGUAGUUCGGGUAGUAUUGGCAGCGGAAGGAUACAACCAUCUCCUAAUUCUGGUUUUCAGCAGCGGAGCACGUGGCUUCGUACCAGUUUACGCAGAGCAUCUGGUUCGAGCAAGCGGGUUUCGUCUAACGCAUUAGCAAGUCAGUUAUUUCGUAGUGGCACUCCAAACGGCAAUGAUCAAUCAUCCAAUCAUAGUAGACGGAGCUCAACAAGUUGUGAUUUUGAUGACACGUCUUUGGAGGAGGAUGUCCUAGAUCUUAAUGAUAAAGUGCAAAUACUUCAACAGCAAGUAACAGAUCUCACGGAAAAUCAAACAAAUAACGAUGAUCGUUAUUCUAAAGUAAAGCAAGAAAAUUCCACUCUCAUGUCAAGAAUACAUUCUUUGGAAGAGCAGAUCAAGGAAUUAGAACUUAGAUCAGAAGAUAGAGUUAAAGAUGAAGAAGCACGCAUGAAAGAACUAAUGGCUAGGUUAGAGAGAGACAAAGCUGCAGAAAUAGAGCAGUACACAAAUAGGUUGUACUCACUUCAACAAGAACACCUUGGGCUCAAGGAGGAUGUUAUUAAACUAAAAAACCACGUUGAUAGACUGAAACAGGAGAAAUCCGCGGUUCAAGAGGAGCUAGCAGAAAGUACUUCACAACUCAUCAGUCUUAGAGAAGAGCAUCAGAAACUCCUUGAAAGAACAAGAAGAGAACGAGAGGAAAUCAAUGAGGAGAAAAAAGUCAAUUCCCAGCUACUUCAACAAUAUAACAUUGAAUUAGAUGAACUAAGACGGUUCAAACAAGAGAAUACCAAGCAACCUCAAACUUCAAUACUACUGGAGUUACCUGUUCAAUACCAAGAACUGGAAGAAGAUAUGAGAAAACUCAAGGAGGAAAAUAAAUACCUACUUGAAAGUAAUGAGGAGUUACAAGCUCAGAUUUUAAACAGCCGUCUGGAACAAGGCCGCACCUUAAUUCACCAAGGACAAGAAUCUUUAGCAGUUGAAUUUGAUAAUUUGUCCAAAGAUCAAGUUAUGGAAGCUCUUCAGGAGCAAAAGGAAGUAAACACAAAGCUGAGAAGAUAUAUUGAUGGGAUUCUGUUAAAUGUAUUAGAACACUACCCUCAACUUUUGGAAGUGAAGCCGUCCAAUUCCUACUGAAAGCUUUAGAAUUGGUGUGUGAAUAGUGAUCAGUUGCUACUGUGGUCUAUAAACCAAUGUUAUUGUUUUAAGAGUAUGUAUGUAUUUUAGAAAUGAGUUAAAGCAUGAUAAGGUAAAUAUUAAGUGUUAUCUAAUACCCUAAUUAAAAAUACUAGUAAACAAAGAAGCACUGCUAUUUAAAUAUAACUACUAGUGAUGUUGAGCAUUGUAGUAGUUCACUUUUUUUUCUUGCCCUUUAACUAUCCUGUAAAGUGUUUGAGAGUCAUCUUGCAUUUAUUAAGACGUAAUUUUCCUUUUAUAUCAUUUUGCCUAGAGUACUGAGUAUGCAACUGGACAGGAUACAGAUAAUAAAAUAAGAAUUUCAUUAACUUAGUAUUUAAAAAUUUGGUAGUUUCUAAAGAAUACAAGUUAUCAGGAAGUUAGUUAAUUAUUAAACCUCUAAAGCAGCAUUUCCCAACUGGUGGUUCAUGAAAACCUAUGGGUUUGAGAUAAUUCUGAGAGGUUCCUGAGAAACACUUGGCAAUGGCAUCUUUUUCACUUUCCUAGUUCUACAGUUUUUGCCAAUAUUUUAAUUUCCUUCUAAUUUAUUAAAAUAUUUAUGGAAGGAAAUAGCUUGAUGUAGAGCCAGAUUUAAGACUAUAUUUCUCUUCUUUUGAGCUGAAUUUAAACACUGUAUUCUUCAAACCAAGUUCAGAAGUCUCGUUAGGUUUUGUUUUCAAUUUUUUUAUUAUGUUUAAGGAAUUAUAUUUCACCUUUACUGGGUACUAACUGCAAACUGAUGACAGUAUCAGAUUCGGAUUUUAUUGCAAAUAUGUUACAUACUAUGUGUUACAUAAACUUUUUAUUUUCAAUGAAUUCAACAUGUUCAAAAGCUAUUUUAAUUUAAAAAAAUUAUUAUUGUGUAAAAGGGAUUCACUGCAAAAACUAUUAUUACUCAAAGAGUUUAUGAAGAGAAAAAGGUUGGGAACCAUUGCUCUAGCACUUGUAGCUUAUUUGAAUGUCAGGUAUGUUAUGUAACUUUUGGGUUAAAUGCUUAUGAAGAGCAUUUUUUAGAGAAAGGGUAUGUAACUUAGCUUAUAAGGAUAUUUCAGAUAAUUAAAAUAACAUAGUUUACUGUAUAUAUUUUGAAUAUGCAUUUUAACAUCAAAAUAAGACUUUUGGGACACCACGGAGAUUAAAUUAAUAAAUUGCUUAUCUAAAUCUUAGGACGGGUUGUUUAUGGUAAUGAUGGGGCACUUUAUUAAAAUACCAUGCAAAUUAAGUGUACAUCUCAGACUGAAUGCAUGCAAGUCUUGGCACAACAAAGUUUUUAGUCAAUUACAUCAGCUGGAUAAAACUUUAUGAAUUUCAGACCCUUCACUGUUGUUAAGAGCUUAGCACAAUGCUGUAAAACUUCUGUAUUUAUCAGGAAGAUGACAGAAAUACUUCACAACUUUUGAAAAACCCAGUUUUUCUGGACAUGAAGACAUUUUUUUAUCAUAACAUUAUUGAGAUUUAAUAUAAAGAAUAAGACCAAAAUAAUGUCAUUUAUUUGGAUUUUAUUAAGAUAUCAUUCUAAUUGUGUGGGAGUUGUACAUGCCAACAUUUUACUGACAUUGUUACUAUACAAGUUUUUUGUGACUCUCAGUCAGCAUAAAUAUCACACUACUUCUGUGUAACUUUGAUACAAUCAGGAUGUGUGAAAAUUCAUUACUAGUAUAUGAUUUCUAAAAACAAACAAAAAAAAGAUUAUAAUUACAUUAAGAAAGUAUACAAGUUAAUGGAAUAUUCAGCUAUUGGCACUAGAUUUCCGAGAAAACAUGCAAUUCACUACUAAGUUAAUUAACAGUCAUUAAAAUUUGAAACAUUCUCUUUUUAUCAGCACAUUAACACAAUUUUUAAAUCGUGGAAAAGAAUGUUUAUUAGGAGAUUACACUAAUAGUUUUAUGUUUGAAAAUGUCACAACGUGUCCUUGUUGCUUUAUGAUGUAUGUACAUUGUAAUUUUGUCAUGCAAGUAACGAUAUUGAUAUAAAUAAUCAAAAUGUUAUCACACAGAAAAGAAACUAGUGUGUGUUACUAUAUGUGAAUUUUAAAAGUCAGCACAUUAAAGACUACAUGAGAAAUUUGACUUUUACUGACUCAUAAUCCCCAAACAAGAUAGUGAGUACUCUUCUCUCACAUUGGAUCCCUGGGAUUUGUAACUCCUUGGAUGAAACAUUUAAUGAUUUAUGGUGUGGAAUGGGGCCCUGUUCUCUUAAAUUGACUGGAGCCAACUCUCAUGAACUUCCUUUAAAUGGGUUUUCAUUAAAUGCUGAGUUUAAGUAAGUGGACCACUUUUAUUUAGCAAUCUAGAUCAUUGAAAAUAUUACACAAUGUGUAGCAAGAAGAAUCACGUUUUGAGGAAACUGUGUCUUUUAAGGACUUAUAGAAGUUAACAGUUAUACUAUUUGAGAAUGUGCACCUAGCAAUGAUCAGAGUUAAGACUGUUGGAGAACCCAAUGUGCUGUUAUGAUAAUUUCAUAUUAAAGUCAGAAUUUCUAAAA